AAAUGCGUGUUUCCGGCGAAACUCUCCGUUAUGAAUUAUUAGAUGAAUGGGAUGAAGAAUUAAUUACAAGUAUUGAAGAAUUUGAUUUGGGGCGUUAUCAUCGAUAUAAUUCUAUAAUUCAAUAUUUGCAAUUAAUUGCAAAAGAAAAUCCAAAAAUUGCAAAAUAUGAGAGUAUUGGGAAAACAACUGAAUUGAGAGAUUUGGGUGUAUUAAAGCUUGGCUAUGCUCCAUUUAACAAUAAAACAAUUAAGCCUAUAUUUCUUUUAGAUGGAGGAAUACAUGGUUUUGAACCAAAUUAA